ACAUUCCAUUCAAGAGAAGAGAAAUCAAUUGCUAUCGCAAUGUCAGAGAACUACGGAUCCUUCCAAGCCGAAAUCUACGGCCAAGGUGCCACGUCUGGCAGCUUGCCCAUUGUCACGACUGAUCCUCGUCAUUUGGAAGAUCAAGCGUGCAAAGCAUUGGGUGCCAGGUCUUUCAACUAUGUCGCAGGAGGAGCUGGUGAGAAGGCUACUAUGGAUAGUAACCGGCUUGCAUUUCGUCAAUGGAAGAUUAUUCCGAGAAUGUUGAGAGCUUUGGACCAUGAGAAUGUCUCGGUAAACCUCUUUGGCCAGGAACAUCACAAUCCACUCCUCAUGGCCCCCGUGGGUGUUCAGUGUCUAUUCCACGAAGAUAAGGAAACAGGUCUCGCAGAAGCUUGUGCGAAAUCCGGCGUGCCGUAUAUCCUCAGCACCGCGAGUAGUAGUUCGAUCGAAGAGGUGGCUGCUGCAAACGGCGACGGGAAGAGGUGGUUCCAGCUUUACUGGCCGGAGGAUGAUGAUAUCACCCUCUCCUUAUUGAAGCGUGCGAAAGAUAACGGAUUCUCGGUUUUGGUUGUCACACUGGACACAUUCUCCCUGGCCUGGCGACCUGCAGAUCUGGAUAAUGCCUACGUACCUUUCAUUCGUGGCAUCGGAACCCAGGUGGGCUUCUCUGAUCCAGUUUUCCGUUCGAAAUUCGAAAAAGAAUCAGGCAGCAAGAUAGAGGACGAUAUUGUCGGGGCAUCUAAAUCGUGGACAUCACAGGUGUUCUCUGGCCGGCCUCACACAUGGGAUCAACUAGCUUUCUUGCGGGACCAUUGGGAUGGGCCCCUCGUUCUCAAGGGUAUUCAACAUGCGGCGGACGCGAAGCAAGCCCUUGAUGCUGGAUGCGACGGUAUUAUUGUGUCGAACCAUGGCGGCCGCCAAGUCGACGGCGCGAUCGGCUCCCUCGAUGUCCUUCCCGAGAUCGUCGAUGUAGUCGGCGACAAAAUGACUGUUCUCUUCGACUCUGGCAUCCGUACCGGCGUCGACAUCAUCAAGGCCCUCUGUCUCGGGGCCAAGGCUGUUCUCGUCAGCCGGCCGGUGAUCUAUGGCCUCGCUAUCGGAGGAAAAGUGGGCGCACAAUCCGUGAUGAAGGGACUUCUGGCGGACUUGUGGCAAAGCAUUGGGUUAUCGGGGAUCAGCGAGCUGUCGGAAUGUGAUCGAAGCAAGAUCCGGAAGGUCCACUAUCCUGGUGAUCGGAUGGCGAUGUUGUAAUAUAGUUAGUUAUCCAUGUGAAAUAGUCAGCAGACUGGCACAAAAUCAGGUACGCAGAGUAGACCAAUAGAAUAUGCUGUAAUGUAUCC